AUGUAAUACCUGCAUGAUCAGUAGGCUAGAUAUGAUGAAACUAUGAUUCUUUACACAUUUCAACUGACGUGUAUUUUGGCUCUAGGCCACUGCUGUACCAAUCUGACGGUUCGACAAAUACCAGAAUCUGCAUACUGGAAGGAGGGCGCGAGCGUCAACUUCAGCUGUACGUUUACUUUUAACGUCAACUCUUUCCUGGAGUUUUCUGUGGAAUGGUACAAAAAUGCUUCAAUAAUUUCAUAUAAACGCUACAAUCUGUCCGAAAGGCAGGAUUUUACCGAUAUCCUACCUUUACAUUCGAUCCAACGGAAUCAGAGUGGAAAGUAUUUUUGUAACGUGUCCAUCAUUUUACCCUGCAUGGAACGGGGCAGUGGAAGUGGAACUAAUCUCAUUGUAGAAGUUCUUGAACCCCCUGGUACUGUAAGGGAAUCCUCCUCUUCAACUGUCGUUUGGACGUCACUGUUGCCUGCAGUUUUGGCAGUGGGACUAUGCUGUGUGAUCUACAGCAAACGUAAAGGCAAUAAAAGAAACACUUCCACAGGACAGGAAACUGGUUGCCCGACACCAGACCUUUCUGAGGUUGUUUAUGCAAAGCCCAACUUUAGGAAUUUUAAGGCUAGUGAUGGAAGCAACAGCACUGAAGCACAGGGAAAGUGGUCUUCUGCGAAAGGCACAGUGCAGAACGUUCUCACAGCGGUGCGCGGCUCAGCUACGAGCCCCGGCUGCAGCGGUGAGAAACGCAGUUGA